GUCUAACUUGUCAGUGUCAGUGAACGCACCAUCCUCACGGUAGUGAACUGCUGAGUGCGGACUGAUCUGAUCGAGUAGCGACCCACACUGAGACGUUGUUGAGAGAUUAUCUAAUAGCGCUUGCAUUCUGUUAUUAAUACCUUCGGUCGGUAAAGCCUCUUCGGGGCUCUCUUGAGGGUGACAUCCUGGAAGCACCCGGAGAACCGCGGAUAUCAACGCGGCAAGGAUGCUCCGUCCCCAACGGCAGGUGUGAAGAGAUGGCCGUGGAACCGCCGACGGGAACCGGCCGAGUGGUUCUUGUCAAGAAGAUCAUCAUGAAGGACGGAGCCGCGCUCCAGCAGGGUAUAGGCCGACCCAGUGUGUACCAUGCAGUUGUGGUCAUUUUCCUGGAGUUCUUCGCCUGGGGUUUGCUGACCACACCCAUGCUCACAGUGCUGCAUGAAACAUUUCCACAGCACACGUUCCUGAUGAAUGGACUCAUUCAAGGCGUGAAGGGUCUUCUGUCAUUCAUGUCUGCCCCUCUGAUUGGUGCAUUGUCGGACGUGUGGGGGAGGCGUUCAUUCCUGUUGGUCACUGUCUUCUUUACCUGUGCCCCAAUCCCCCUAAUGAGACUCAGCCCCUGGUGGUACUUCGCCAUGAUCUCCAUGUCGGGGGCGUUCUCUGUCACCUUCUCUGUCAUCUUUGCCUACGUUGCAGAUGUGACGGACGAGAGAGAGAGGAGUACAGCCUACGGUCUGGUGUCGGCUACAUUCGCCGGCAGUCUGGUGACCAGCCCGGCAAUCGGGGCAUAUUUGUCAGCAUGGUAUGGAGACAACCUGGUGGUUCUGGUGGCUACACUGAUCGCUCUCGUCGACAUCUGCUUCAUCCUGCUUGCCGUACCCGAGUCUCUGCCAGACAAGAUGAGGCUUAACACCUGGGGAGCGCCUAUAUCCUGGGAACAGGCUGACCCCUUCGCUUCUCUGAGGAAGGUGGGCCAGGACCCCACAGUCUUACUCAUCUGUAUCACUGUGUUCCUGUCAUACUUACCAGAGGCUGGACAGUACUCCAGCUUCUUCCUCUACCUGCGACAGGUCGUCAAUUUCUCCUCGACAACAAUUGCUGUUUUUAUUGGAGUUGUGGGAAUUCUGUCCAUUGUUGCACAGACCCUCGUACUCACACUGCUAAUGAGGACUCUGGGUAAUAAAAAUACUGUUCUAUUGGGUCUCGGUUUCCAAAUUCUUCAGCUGGCCUGGUAUGGCUUUGGAUCAGAGCCUUGGAUGAUGUGGGCAGCUGGUGCUGUCGCAGCAAUGUCCUCCAUAACCUUCCCUGCGGUCUCAGCUCUGGUGUCGCAGUCUGCUGAUCCUGACAAACAAGGUGUGGCUCAGGGGAUGAUAACAGGUAUCAGAGGUCUGUGUAAUGGUUUAGGUCCAGCUCUGUAUGGAUUCAUCUUCUUCCUCUUUGAUGUGGAGCUCAACACCAUGGAUCCCAUCCAGGGAGACUUUGAUCCCCUACCUCUUCACAGUCCCACUGAGCAAACGCUCAUCCCUGGCCCACCUUUCCUUUUGGGGGCAUGUACAGUGGUUGUCGCCUUCCUCGUUGCUCUCUUCAUCCCAGAGAAAGCAUCCUCUGGCUCUCCAUCCUCUCAGCUGCCUCUUAGUGACAAGCCCCGCCCAGCUAGCAAAGAGUCGCUGUCCUCACUGGCAGGCGUCCAUAUCAACACACCUCUCCCAGGCAGUGACGAAGAAACUCCUCCUACCACCAGUGAUGAGGACUUUGAGCCUCUGCUGCAGGACAGUAUUGUUUGAUGGACCAGCGUAAGGACCACAGCGUGUGCGACUAACAUUUUAACUGGAUUGAUUGGUUUUUGUGUAAAAGAAGAGCACAUUUCCAUUGCUGCUGGGUGAGUAAAGGUUCAGUGACUUGAUCGUCUGACGUUUGUGAUUGACAGCAUGAUGCUCCAAUCGCAUUGAAGCUUUUACCGGAGGACGGGACUGGCAUUAUACUGGACUGACCAGCAUCGCCAGCAGUCAUUUUAACAGAAUGGCAGCCGCAAAGUGCUCCAAAUGUGAAGCUAGUGUUUAACUGGAUUAAGACAAGUAUUUGGUUGAUAAAAUGAGGUUGUGAACGACAAUAAUGUCACCAGGUUUUGAUUUGAUCGAAAGAUGAAGCAUCCACAUUUUUGGUUUCCCAAGAGUUUUCUUAAAUGUUGUGUCACAUUUCUGGUCAUUCAUUAGCUCAACUGAAAGACAAAGUUUUUAAGGUGGGAUUGUUGUAUAUCUUUAUACUGAAAGUGGAAGACAUAUUUAUUUAUUUUUUUUAUUGAAGGAAGUUAUCAUAUUCAGCUGUAUCGUUUUAAAGCGGAAUUGUACUGCUAGUUUUUCUUAUUGCUUGUUGUAUAAUUGAAACAUGUCUGAAACAUAUUUACGGCUGCUAAAGCUUCUGUGUUGAUUUGUACAUUUCUACUUGAUGAGCAAGAAUAAGAUACGAGAUGCUAUGAUAAUCCAGAAGAUGAGUCAGCCACAUCAAAUAAAUGUAAAUGUCAAGGUGUAUAUUUAAUUCCAUCCAUCCAUCUGGAACAUGGCCUACUCGGACCCAAUGUCCCCGUCACCUUCCCCGGGACGUGGUCAAGGUUCUGCUGGAGAUGGGAGUUGAAACUCCUCCCCAGACAUUCUCAUUAGACCCUCGCCAUAUGUUUCGCCCGCCACCCGGCUUACAUUACACCCACAUUGUCUCGUCAGGCUGUGUCUGAGCAAGCCCCAUGGGCUCAGGCACUAGGCCCUUGCCAUUGAGCCCCACCUCCAGGCCUGGCUCCUGAGGGGAGCCCUGGUUGCCUCUGUCCUGGAAAGGAAAAACACACUUCAAGUUUGUUAGUACUCACAGGAGGUCUUACGCUGUGCUUUGUCUGGUCCCUCUCGUAAGACCUGUUUGCCCGAGUUGAACCCACCAGGGGCAUAUAAAGCCCUCCACCACAGUAAGGCGAUGACUAAAGGAAGAGUAAAUUCCUUAUUAACAAACAAAAAUAACCCAAAAGAAAGUUAUGAAAUCACUCCAUCCAUCCAUUUUCCAUACCUUAUUUGUUCUCCUUCGGGUCGCGGGCAAACUGGAGGGUAGCCCGCCCGGCUGACUUUGGGUGUGAGGCGAGGCGCAACCCGGACAGGUCGCCAGUCGAUUGCAGGACACAAAUAGACAAACAACCAUUAACAUUCACAUUAAAUUACAUUUUUGGGAAUGUGGGAAGGAGACCAAGUAUUAAAUAAUAUACAAUACAUUAAUAUUUAUCUUUGGAAAAUAUUGAAAAGCGAAAUAAACUUUAAGGUGGGUAGUAACAGAUCAUCUGCUUAUAUUUGAAGUCAGUUGCCAUGUUUGUUUCACUACCUCAGAUCACAUUCAACCUGUUUACUUGUCAUGUAUUAGAAUUGUUUUAUAAUAUACUAUAUUGAAAAUGGGAGUGUGAAAUUGCUUCUGAGUAAUUGUCUUUGAAGGACCUUAACAUUGUUGUUGCAUAUAUUCUGGUGCUAAUUCAGCAGUAGAGGACGUCGUUUCUUUAAAUUGUUUAUAUUGUGAACAUGAAACUCUUGCCCAUACAAUUUAUUACCACCAUGUUACAAAUGUAUUCUCAAAAUAACAUCCAUUUUGCUAUCAUCAUUGUGAAUGUUCUCCCAAAUGUUCCUCACCAGUGUACUACUACUUACGCACAUUUAAAACAACAAAAAACAAAUCGGCUUCACACAGAAGAAAUCUCUUUGUCACUUUGUCACAAAGAUAUAUUCUCUGGCAAUUCAAGAUGCAACUCAGUGCAUCUCAUGACCCACAAUCCUUCAAUUGUUUUACUAUGCAAUGCAGGCAUUAUAUUUGUACUUCAUGAAAGCUUUAGAGAGAAGAUUGAAGAAGGAAUGUCCAAGAGUUUACCUGUAGAUAAGUGGCACAGUGUACAUAAGCGUUUGCUUCAUGACCUAAAAAAUGUAACUGAACAUGUGAAUGAAGGGGUUAUUCAAAUGGCUAUUACGAAGACUUGUGUACCUGAGCAGUGAAAGGUUAACAAUAUUCUAGAAAAUCCAUCAUCUGAAACUAGGAUUUUUAGUUAAAAAGAUGGAAACCUGGUUUUAGUGAGAGGUAAUUUAGUCAAAUCAAUAAAUAAAUACAAUAUCAUCAUCAUAAUAAUAAUGGCUCAUCUUAAAAUAGUCAUAAUGUUUUCACCGUCAACAUUUCUUUUGGAAGCCUACCUUUAACAUCACAUGUCACAAUCAUAACACCAAAACAAUGCCCUCACCACUGAUAUCAUAUCAUACAUAUAGUGUGACAUCCAAAAAAAUGAAAGACAACUGUUGUUCAUAUAUUUUUUUCACAAGUACGAAUGAAAAUGUGCAUGUGCAACAGUGUCAUUUGAUUGUUACCCACUUUAAUGAGAGUUCUGAACCAGUGAAAGUGUCUCACCACUGUAAAUACUGUACACGGAGUUAAAUGUUUGUGACUGAAAUAAUUGUACAAUAAAAUGUCUGUUCUCAAUAUGUUCAGGCAUAAUGCUGAUCAGUAGAAAUUAAAACAGAAUAUAAAUUGA